CCUUGAGGAGAAGACCCGUCAGGGUGCAGAGCGGUUUAUUCAUAAAUUAUUUUCUUUAGAAAGACAUUCAUCAACUGAUGGGGUGUAUGUGCAGCUCCCGCCAGCCCCAAAGAUAGACACCUUAAGAUUCCCCCGUACUCUAAAGUUGCCUACCUCCCGCGCAUUAACGCGUUGGGAGUCCUUUGCCCUAGCAAAAGGCAUAAAGAAAAGAAAAAGAAGUGCUUUGAUGUGGAGCGAAGAUAAACAAGACUGGGUUCGCCGCUGGGGUUAUAAAAGUAUAAAGCAUGUGCAGCAGCAAUCUCAAGCAGUGCUAGAAGAGAAAGGGGCUGUGCUGCUCCGCAGCAGAAACAUUAGCACGAAGCAUGCUGCUGCUGCUGCUGCUGCUGGUGGGGGUGGGGGCCGUGGGGCUGCUGCUGCAGCGAAAAAGAGGCGGAUUGCAGCGGCAGAUCCUGCAGCAGCAGCAGCAGCUGCUGCUGCUGCUGCUGAGGGCCCAGGAGACUUAUUUAUGAAAGCAAAGCAGCAGCAGCAGCUGCAGAAAGCAAAACAAAAACUCAGGGAGGUUAGAAAUGCAGCAGAAGCACAAGGAGGGCUCAAGUGGCAACAGCAUCCGCAGGGCAGCACGAUAAGUUCAGCAGCAAAGGGGGCCCCCAGGGGGGCCCCCCGCAGCAGCGGAAGAAGCAGAAGCCGCAGCAGCACAACAGUGCUGCAGCAGAAGCAGCAGCAUAUAAAGAGCAGCUACGCCUUCUUCUCUCCACAAGAGCUGCCAAUAAAGAGCAUGCAAAUGAAUAAACCUGCUGCUUUUGCUGCUCUUGCUGCUGCUGCAAAAGCAGCAGCAGCAGCAGCAGCAGCAGCAGCAUAG